GCGUUCAUCAUUUUUUUCGCGUCGCCAUUUUUUUACACGUUUCUGUUUGUUUUGUUAGUUGUAUAUUAUUUAAUUUUAUAACAGUGUACUUAACGUUAAGGUGUUUCUUACAUUUGUUGCAUCUGGGUUUUGGCUUGCAUCUUAGGAUAUAGCACCAUGGCUCUUAGUGACGAGCUGGCUCAAUUAAAGCUCCGUAGGGGCUAUGUAAAGGGUGCAAUAACUCGUGAAGAAAGUUUUUGUAACAGCGAAGAAAUUGUGAUCGCGUCUAGUGAGUUGCUCACGGAGCGGCGCAGUCGCUUGGUGAAAAACUUUGCCUCUUACGAGGACCUUAACAAGAGUAUUUUGUGCAUAAAUCCAAAGGACGAUGAAGACCCCGUUGUUUAUGAAAGUAAGUACUUCACCUGCAUAUCCAAAAUUGAUCGUCAGCUCAAUGCUUGUCGUACAUCGGGGCAGCCCGAGGCGGAGCCUCCUAGGCAAAAUGCAAAUAAUUUCAGGAAGCUCCCACAAAUUACAAUAAAAGAAUUUAGUGGUGCCAAUAUUUUAGAUUAUCUACCUUUUAUUAAUAUGUUUAAGGCAGUCAUUGAUUCUGACACAAGCUUGAGUCUGUGCCAAAAAUUAUAUUAUUUGAGAUCAUUUUUAACUGGGGAAGCCUUAUGCUUAAUUCAAAAUCUGCCUUUGACUGAAGUAAAUUAUUCUGAAGCAUUAAAGUUGUUAGAAAACCGCUAUAACAAUGAGCCAAUGAUCAUUAACCAUCACAUUAAUACUUUGAUUGAUUUGCCUAAAUGCACUGCUGCUGAUCUUAGAUCUUUGGUAGCGAGUGCUAAUGUACAUUUAACUGCACUAAAAAGUUUAAACAUGCCGGUUGAAGCUUGGGGUCCGAUAAUGGUCAACAUUUUGCUCCGAAAAGUGGAUUCUGAGACAAACAAUGAGUUUCACUUAAGACGGGAUAAAAAAGUUGUGUUUGCUAUGCAGGAAUUCAUAGAUUUUUUGGAGUCCAGAGCGUUGGCCAGGGAGAAUGCAAUGGAAACAAUGCCUGUGAGUACUCCCAGUGGUGUGAAGCCUGGCAAGCCUGCAUGUAAUACAGCAGCAGCAGUCUCAUGUAAGUAUUGCAAUACUAAUCAUAGAUUAUACAUGUGUGCCAAAUUUAAACUUGCUGCUGAUAAUGACAAGGGUCAAUUUGUUAAAAAACAUAAAUUAUGCAUUGUUUGUUUGAAUGCGCAUGGUGGUAAAUGCAAGCUGCGUUUGAAAUGCUCAAUCUGUCAGCAACGGCACAAUACGCUUCUGCAUGGUGUGGAAAUGGCUAAGAAGGAGGCGAGCAAUGUCGCCACUGCCAGUUCUACUGCCACAGUGCCCUGUGCUGAUGUUGGAAGGUCUGACAGUGCAGUAGCUAUGUCAAGUACCUCGCCUGUGAAGGAUGUGCUGCUACCUACCGCUAUAGUGCUUCAGAGGGAAUCACUGCCUCUAACGCCGCAAGGUCCCUGCCUGGUUAGUACCAGCCUAGGUUAUAUUGUAGCAGGCAGCCUACCAGUAUCCGUUGGAAACAUCCAUUCUUCAAAUUUCUGUGUAACAGUUCAAGGUACCCCCCAUAAUAUUUCUCAUAAUUCUCAUAAUGAUCAACUUGAUAGUAUUGAACAUACUAUUUCAAAUUUUUGGAAAUGUGAAAAAGUACCUGAAAUUUAUAAAGAAGGUAUUACUGAACAUCAACUAGCUGAGGAAUGUUUUCAAAACUCUGUCAAACUUGUUGAUGGAAAGUUUUGUGUAGAUUUACCUUUAAAACUUAAUUUAAACGAUAUCCAGAUGGGUAACUCAUUUAAUCAGGCAUUGCAUCAUUUUCAUAAUUUAGAAAGGCGUUUCGCUAAAGAUGAUAAGUUAUAUCAACAGUAUAAGAAGUUCAUUCAUGUUUAUCUUGAGCAAGGCCAUGCCAUGUACUUUGAUAUAUCUAACUAUGAUCCUAGGGCAGGUAAUGUGUAUUUCUUACCUCACCACCCAGUCAUUAAUUUAAAUAGUAAAACUACUCCGGUUCGAGCUGUCUUUGACGCGAGCAUGAAAACCAAUAAAGGUAUUUGUCUAAAUGACAUGAUGCUUAAUGGGCCUGUUGUGCAAAAUGAUUUAUUUGACAUUUUGACACUAUUUAGGAGUUUUAAAUAUGUUUUACUGUGUGAUAUAAAGGCUAUGUAUAGGGGUAUAUUAGUGAGUAAAGACCAUUGCUGCUUGCAAAAUAUUUUUUGGCGAGAUUCUGUUGAUCAAAGUGUGCAAUGUCUUCAGCUACAAACUGUCACAUAUGGUUUAAAGAGUUCUGCAUUUUUAGCAACUAGGUGUUUAAUUGAACUUGCUGAACGGUACCAAGAGAAGUAUCCAUUAGCAUCUUUUGUGUUGAAAUAUUCUACAUAUGUCGAUGAUAUUUUAUGUGGUUCCAACGAUAUUUUAGAGCUUGUUGAGACAAAAAGGCAACUUAUCGAGCUUUUGAACUUAGCUAGUUUUUCAUUACACAAGUGGUGUUCAAAUAACACUGAAAUAUUAGAUGACAUUCCUAUAGAAAUUCAUCAAUUAAAUAAAGAGGAUUUUGAUAAAACAAAUACUUUUGUGAAAACUUUAGGCUUGUCAUAUGAUGUGACUUCUGAUACUUUAAGUAUGAAGUGUCCAAGCGCUGAAAUACAAAAACCUUCUACUAAGAGACAAAUGUUAAGUUUUAUUAGCAAAUUUUUUGAUCCUUUGGGUUUGGUAGGUCCUAUUUUGGUGCAAGCUAAAUACUUAAUGCAACAAGUCUGGUUUGAAAAGUUAAAGUGGGAUGAUAUUCUCCCUGAUGCUUUAAAUAAAAAAAAUUCUUCAAUUUGUUGAAGGUUUGAUGAAUAUGUCUUGUAUAUCUGUUCCUAGAAAUAUCAAUGUAUAUCCACAUAAAAGGCUAGAGUUAGUUGGUUAUGCUGAUGCAUCUAAUAUUGCACAUGGGUGUUGCCUUUAUUUGAGAGUAGUCAGAGAUGAUAACACUGUAAAUGUUAACCUUUUGUGUUCCAAGUCUCGUAUUAAUCCUAAGGAUAAAACAUUAACUAUUCCUAGACUUGAGCUCAAUAGUGCUUUGUUGUUAGCCAAGUUGGCAAGAAAAGUGCAUGAUACUUUAGCAGUAAAAUAUAAUUAUAUUCCUAUUUACUUAUAUUUAGAUUCAAAGAUUGUUUUAUCAUGGCUUAUGAUUGAGGCUGUAAAACUAACUGCUUAUGUUGUUAAUAGAAUUUAAAAAAAAAAUCAAGCAGUUAUCUAAAGAUGUACACUGGGACUAUGUCAGCACCAAUGAGAAUCCUGCUGAUUGCUUAUCUCGCGGUCUUAAACCAGAUCGGUUAAUCGAAAACUCAUUGUGGUUUCAUGGUCCACAGUACUUGCAAAACAGUGAAUAUGUUCAUGAUAAUUCUCAGAUAAAUACUGAUGUUUCUGAUACUUCUGAGCUCAAUUUGAUUCCUUCAACAUGUAAUACUUUAGUUAAAUGUAAGGAAAAUAAUUUGUUUUAUAGUUUUAUAGAAAAGUAUUCUAAUUUAAAUAAAAUGACUAGAAUAAUGGCUUAUGUCAAACGUUUUGUAUUUAAUUGUAAUAAACAGAAUAUUAAGAAAAGGCAGGGACAUUUAACUCCUGAGGAGGUGGCUCUUGCUUUGCAUGACUUGAUUAAAAUUGAUCAAAGCUCACAUUUUGAAAAUGAGUUGAAAUGUUUGAAGUCGAAAGUUGAUCUAAGUUCUUACUUAAGUGGUUUAAAUCCUUUUGUUGAUGGCUGCGGCUUAUUAAGAGUAGGUGGUCGCUUGCAAAAUGCAAACCUUUCAUUUCAGCAAAAGCAUCCUAUUAUUUUGCCCAAAAAGUCAACUUUGACCAAACUUAUCAUUCUUAAUGAACACAUUCGCCUUAAGCAUGCUGGGCAGAAGCUAAUUCUUAGUAGUUUAAGCGAGCAAUAUUGGCUAAUCAAUGCUAGCAGAGAAGUAAAAUCUGUGUUGCACAAGUGUGUAUUAUGUUUCAGAUUUAAGGCUAAAGCUUCCAGUCAACUUAUGGGUUCAUUACCACUUGACAGAGUCAAUAUUACACGUCCUUUUCAAAUUGUAGGCACUGAUUAUGCGGGUCCUUUCAAUGUUAAACAAACUAGAGUAAGAAAUCCUGUUAUAACCAAGGCUUAUGUUGUUAUUUUCAUAUGUUUUAUUACUAAAGCAAUUCACAUAGAAUUGGCGUCAGACAUGACAACUAAUACUUUCUUAGCUUGUUUAAAAAGGUUUAUAAGCCGUAGAAAUAAGCCUACAAAAAUAUAUUGUGAUAAUGCUAGUUAUUAUAGAGGUGCUGAUAAUGCACUCAAGGAUUUGCAUAAGCUACUGAAUUCCACAGAUCAUCAAAACAAAGUGUUUGAUUAUGGUUGUUCAGAGAGAAUACAGUUUCAGUUUAUUCCUUCAUAUUCCCCAGUAUUUGGUGGCCUGUGGGAGGCAGGAGUAAAAAGUAUAAAAUAUCAUAUGAAACGUGUAAUUACUCAGAGUGUACUUACUUAUGAAGAACUGUAUACAGUGUUAGUGCACAUAGAAAGUAUUUUAAAUUCUAGACCAUUAACUCCCAUGUCAAGAGAUUGUGAUGACAUGUCUUACCUGACACCUGCACAUUUCCUUACUGGCUCACCAUUGACUUCAUAUCCAGAGCUUAAUUUGACUGAUGUAAAUGUAGGAAGGCUUAGUUUUUGGAAACAAUGUUCUCAAAUGCAACAGCAUUUUUGGAAUCAAUGGCAUAAACAAUAUUUAGUUAUGUUGCAGAGUCGGCCUAAAUGGAAAACUCAACUACCUAAUUUAGAAAUAGGCAAUAUGGUAUUGUUUAAGUCUGAUAAUGUAUCUCCAUUGAACUGGCCUGUAGGUAGAAUUGUAAAGGUCAUUCCAGGAAAAGAUGAUUUAGUUCGUGCAGUGGAGGUAAAAACUAGCAAAGGUCACGUUGUAAGAACAAGUGUUAUGAAAGUGUGUCCAUUACCUAUUGAGUAUAAUUAAUGGACCUACUCUUUAAUUUUAAAGUAAGAAUUACUCCUGAGUUUAGUUUAUCUUUAAUUUCUUUACUAAUCCAUUUGGGUAUUUAUUUUAAAUGUUUAGCUUUAUGAUGAGUUUAGCUUGUGGCUGAGGCCCCAGCAUGUUCAUGACAUAUAAAACCUCAUUGGAGGAUGUAUUUAAUUUUAAUUUUUUCUAAAAUGUCAAGAACAAAAGAAAUGAAUGUCACUCUGUACAAAUUUUUCCCUGUGAGCACGUUUAUAUAAUUUCUUCUAAAUUAAUAAAAGUAUUGUUACAUAUUUACACCA